AUGGCCUUCACCUCAAUCCCUCUUCUGGACCUCGCGCUCGCAGAGUCACCUAGCACUAAACCUAGGCUGCUCGAAGAGCUUCGACAUGCGCUGCUCGACGUGGGCUUCCUCUAUGUUACGAACCAUGGUGUUCCAGAUACUGUCAUAGCAAAUCUCACGGCAGCUCUGCCCAAACUCUUUGGGUUGACGUCCGAUCAAAAGGCAGAAGCGGCGCUUGCCGGCUCGCCUCAUUUCCUUGGAUACAGCGAGGUGGACACCGAGACAACUGCCGGUGCUUCUGACCACCGCGAGCAGUUUGAGUUUGCGACUGAACUGGCAGCAACCUGGACUCUUGAACAACCACUUGCUGAGCGGUUGCGCGGACCCAACAACUACCCACCUGCCCUGCCGUCAAUUCGACUAGUGGUAGAAGCGUACAUUGCCGAGCUCACGAUCCUCGGCGAACGCUUUCUCGGCCUCGUUGCAGAGGCACUCGACCUCCCAGCAAAGACGUUCCUACCAUUCCUCUCCGACCAACAUCGUCUCAAAACAGUGCACUACCCAGCACAGGCGGAUGGAACACACUGCCAGGGCGUGGGCCCACACAAGGACUCGUCCGGAUGGUGGACCUUCCUGCUACAGGCAUCGCCUGAGGUUGGCGGCCUGCAGGCUCUCAACCAGACUGGCACGUGGGUCGACGUGCCGCCUCUUGCCGGCACGUAUGUCGUGAACAUCGGACAGGCGUUCGAGGUCGUGACGCAUGGCGUAUGCCGCGCGACAACGCACCGGGUACUCAGCGGAUCGGAGGAACGGUUCAGCGUGCCCUUUUUUCAGGGCGUGCGGCGCAGCCUAACGAGAGAAGAGGCCGUCCAUUCACUGCGGGGACACUUUGAGCGGUUCGACGGUGGAGGGGUCGAGUCGGCGGAGGGUCGGGACGUCGACUCGGCCUUCUUGAGGGGCGGGUACGAGACGUGGGGCGAGAGUCAGCUCCGAACAAAGGUGAGAAGCCACAGAGAGGUGGGGCAGCGGUUCUACGGCGAUGUUUUCGAGCGCUACGUCAGCGAGUAG